AGAGGGGCCACAUGUAGCUGACUGGGCUGUGGAAGUCGGAAUUCCAGGCGGUGCGGUGCCUCUGCGCAGCCGGCUGGUCCCGGGACACGGCUGCCCGGGAGGUGUGGAAACUGCCUGCCCCGGGGGCGCCCGCGGAGGAGGGUAGGCGGGGGCGGCCUGGGCCCUCCCACUUUUCAGGGCUCCUGGGCCAGUUCGCCCGCACAGCCCUCGGGAACUUGUUAACAGGAAAGCCUGGCAGAGAAACAAAUGCCAGCGUUUUGGAAGAACUGAGAGUCACGUCGUUAGGCGCUGAGGCUUUCUUUUCCUUCCCCGCCCCCUGCCCAACCUCGGCCCGACUUGGCCAAAGAAGGAUGUGUCACCAGCUCUGGGCCGCGGGCGGGAUUCCCGGCCCGCCAGCAGCCGGGGUACCUGAAACAAAGCCCUGGACGAAUCUGAGGUGAUUCCACUUAGCAGUGGAAGUUGAGAACCACUGACAGAGAUUAAGAAAAGAGGGCUCAGGCCCAGCAUGUUGAAGUUCAGUAGAGGAGGAUAGCCCAGGAAGAGGAUGAGAAGUGGCCACAGAGAUCCCAGAGCCAUUUUCAUCCUGUUUUUCCUGAAGAAAAGAUGAAAUCCCUGUGAGGGAAGUGACUUGACCAAGUUACCGAGCUAGUCGGUGCAGAAGCUGAGACCAGGAGCUUCUGACUGCCCACCUGGUGCUUUUUCCCUUCAGCCAUAUUUCCUGUUUCUCCACUGCGGUAAAAAUAAAAGUUUCUCUGUCAUUCACAGAAAAAUGGAUCAUUUAAACCCUUGGAGGACUCAGUUAUCACAAUACUUCUCUGCUACCAACUAAGAUUUAUGAUAGUAAAUUUAUGACAGCAAACUUCCAUGCUAUGGAACUGUUGAAGAACUAAAAGAGGAUGUUCUUUCAUCAAAAUAAUUCUGCAGUAUCAUAUUACUAAAUAAAAUGAAAAAGCACAAUUAUUAAAUUAUUAAAUUUGCCAGUACAAGCACACAUGUGCAGCAGCUACUGUAUGCUGAUAGUUACCAAACGUCAAAUAUAAAUGAUUUCCCUUCAUGGGAAAAGCCAUUAUAUUUGGAAGAAACCACUGAACAUUGUUAUUAAAUAUAUUUUCAGCUAAUUGUCAUUUAGGAGAAUUUUCAUGAAACAAGUUCUAGAAAGUUCCAAGUCCCACCAGUAAGUGGAUUUGAUAUUAUGGCAGCAACUUACAGACUUGUGGUUAGUACUGUGAACCACUACAGCAGUGUGGUGAUAGACCGGCGUUUUGAACAAGCUAUACAUUAUUGCACUGGAACCUGCCACACCUUCACACAUGGAGUUGACUGCAUUGUGGUACACCAUAGUGUUUGUGCAGACCUCUUGCACAUCCCUGUGUCUCAGUUCAAAGAUGCAGAUCUGAACUCUAUGUUUCUACCCCAAGAAAAUGGGCUUUGCUCGACUGAAGGAGACUAUCCCCAACAGGCCUUCACAGGCAUACCCAGGGUCAAGAGAGGAUCUACAUUUCAGAAUACCUGCAACUUAAAGGACAUUGCAGGAGAAGCAAUCAGUUUUGCCAGUGGGAAAAUAAAAGAAUUUUCCCUUGAAAAACUCAAAAACUCUAACCAUGCAGCUUACAGAAAGGGAAGGAAAGUUAAGUCUGACUCAUUUAAUAGGAGGUCAGUUGAUUUGGACUUGCUUUGUGGCCAUUAUAACAAUGAUGGGAACGCCCCAUCCUUUGGUUUACUGAGGAGUUCUUCAGUUGAGGAAAAACCUUUAUCUCAUAGAAACUCACUUGAUACGAACUUGACUUCCAUGUUUCUUCAAAACUUCUCUGAAGAAGACUUGGUUACUCAGAUUUUGGAAAAACAUAAAAUAGAUAAUUUUUCUUCUGGGACAGACAUAAAGAUGUGCUUGGACAUCCUAUUGAAAUGCUCUGAGGAUUUAAAAAAAUGCACAGACAUCAUAAAACAAUGCAUAAAGAAAAAGUCAGGGAGUAGCAUCAAUGAAGGAAGUGGUAAUGAUACAUUUUCUAGCUCUGAAACUGUCUAUAUGAAUGUAAUGACCAGGUUAGCAUCCUAUCUGAAAAAAUUACCAUUUGAAUUCAUGCAGUCUGGGAAUAAUGAGGCUCUAGAUUUAACAGAACUGAUCAGUAAUAUGCCUAGCUUACAGCUGACUCCCUUCUCUCCAGUGUUUGGCACUGAACAACCCCCUAAAUAUGAAGAUGUUGUCCAGCUCUCAGCUUCUGACUCUGGACAAUUUCAAACUAUUGAAUUGCAAGAUGACAAGCCUAAUUCUAGGAAGAUGGACACUGUACAAUCCAUUCCAAACAACUCCACAAAUUCCUUAUAUAACUUAGAGGUAAAUGAUCCUAGAACUCUAAAAGCUGUCCGGGUUCAAUCACAGUCAUUAACCAUGAACCCUUUAGAAAAUGUUUCUUCUAGUGACUUAAUGGAAACUCUUUAUAUCGAAGAAGAGUCAGAUGGAAAGAAAGCAUUAGAUAAAGGACAAAAGACAGAGAAUGGACCUAGUCAUGAGUUAUUAAAGAUACAUGAACAUAGAGCAGAAUUUCCAGAACAUGCUUCUCAUCUUAAAAAAUGCCCCGCCUCAAUGCAAAAUGAAAUUGGUAAGAUAUUUGAGAAAUCAUUUGUUCAUCUACCUAAGGAGGGCUGUAAAUCAAAAGUUUCUAAAGUUGAAGAGGGAGACCAGAGAGAUUCUACAAAUUCCAGUAGCCAAGAAGAGAUAGAUAAAUUGUUAAUGGAUUUGGAAUCUUUUUCACAGAAGAUGGAGACCUCUCUAAGAGAGCCACUUGCAAAGAGUAAAAACUCUAAUUCUUUAAAUAGUCACAGUCAGUUGACUGGUCAGACCCUUGUAGAUCUUGAGCCUAAAUCUAAAGUCUCUUCACCCAUAGAAAAAGUCUCGCCUUCCUGUCUAACAAGGAUUAUUGAAACCAAUGGACACAAAAUAGAGGAAGAGGAUCGAGCCCUCUUACUGCGAAUUCUGGAAAGCAUUGAAGACUUUGCUCAAGAACUAGUUGAAUGCAAAUCAAGCAGAGGGAGCCUAUCACAAGAGAAGGAAAUGAUGCAAAUUCUGCAGGAAACCUUGACAACUUCCUCCCGGGCCAAUUUAUCAGUCUGUAGAAGUCCUGUUGGUGAUAAAGCCAAAGAUACUACUUCAGCAGUUUUGAUUCAGCAGACUCCAGAGGUGAUCAAGAUUCAAAAUAAACCAGAAAAGAAACCUGGAACACCACUCCCACCUCCAGCCACCUCUCCAAGUAGUCCCCAACCUCUCUCCCCGGUUCCCCAUGUGAAUAAUGUUGUGAAUGCACCAUUGUCCAUAAACAUUCCACGAUUCUACUUCCCUGAAGGACUCCCAGAUACCUGCAGUAAUCAUGAACAGACUCUAAGCAGAAUUGAAACUGCUUUCAUGGAUAUUGAAGAUCAGAAAGCAGACAUUUACGAAAUGGGGAAAAUUGCAAAGGUCUGUGGCUGUCCUCUCUAUUGGAAAGCCCCCAUGUUCAGGGCUGCAGGGGGAGAGAAGACAGGAUUUGUGACAUCACAGUCAUUCGUUGCCAUGUGGAGAAAGUUGCUGAAUAACCAUCAUGAUGAUGCCUCUAAAUUCAUCUGUCUUCUAGCAAAGCCCAACUGCAGCUCUCUAGAACAGGAGGAUUUCAUCCCUCUACUUCAGGAUGUGGUGGAUACCCACCCUGGUCUCACGUUCCUGAAAGAUGCUCCAGAAUUCCACUCCCGCUACAUCACCACGGUUAUUCAGAGAAUAUUCUACACAGUCAACAGAUCUUGGAGUGGAAAAAUUACUUCGACAGAGAUAAGAAAAAGCAACUUUUUGCAAACCCUAGCACUUUUGGAAGAAGAGGAAGAUAUAAACCAAAUUACAGAUUACUUCUCCUAUGAACAUUUCUAUGUUAUUUAUUGUAAAUUCUGGGAACUAGAUACUGAUCACGACCUCUACAUCAGCCAGGCCGAUCUGUCUCGAUACAAUGACCAGGCUUCAUCAAACAGGAUUAUUGAAAGGAUAUUCUCUGGGGCAGUAACAAGGGGAAAAACAAUACAGAAAGAGGGAAGAAUGAGCUAUGCAGAUUUUGUUUGGUUUUUGAUCUCUGAAGAAGACAAAAGGAAUCCUACCAGCAUUGAGUAUUGGUUCCGCUGCAUGGAUGUGGAUGGAGAUGGUAUACUCUCCAUGUAUGAGCUGGAGUACUUCUAUGAGGAGCAGUGUGAGCGGAUGGAAGCCAUGGGAAUUGAGCCCUUGCCAUUCCAUGAUUUACUGUGCCAGAUGCUUGACCUAGUGAAGCCAGCUGUUGAUGGCAAAAUAACUCUAAGAGAUCUGAAGAGGUGCAGAAUGGCUCACAUCUUCUACGACACUUUCUUUAAUCUGGAGAAAUACUUAGACCAUGAACAGAGAGAUCCCUUUGCGGUCCAGAAGGAUGUUGAGAACGAUGGGCCUGAGCCCUCAGACUGGGACCGGUUUGCUGCUGAGGAGUAUGAGACUCUUGUUGCAGAGGAAUCUGCCCAAGCACAAUUCCAGGAAGGUUUUGAAGAUUAUGAAACAGAUGAACCUGCCUCUCCCUCUGAAUUUGGAAACAAAGGCAGUAAAAUAUUAAGUGCAAGCCUUCCAGAGAAAUGUGGAAAGCUUCAAUCAGUGGAUGAAGAAUAGCUCCCAGUGUCUACAAUGAAACGAAGAUGUGUAUUUUAAAUGUUUCUUUCUUGUGAAGAGAUGUUCUCGUUUGCAUACUGCUUUUUAAAGACUUUCAUUUCUCCAAGUGUGUAUCUGCACUAGGAACUUUGUUUUUAAGCAGUAGGUCUGGAUACACAUUUAACUUAGGAGACUCCUCCAAUUUGCCUCAAACCUCUUACGGAGCUUUUCCUCAGAAGUGGUACCAUCGCCUUCCGAAGUCAGCACUCUACACCCUUGAAUGUACCAAGGAUCUCUUGGGGACAGUGCCAAGCACGGUUCUCUACACAGGUGACUGAAGUUGCCUCUGUGUUGGCUGGCAUCUGAGUCCCCCCAGGCUCCUAUGGAGCCUAGAAGAAACCUUCACUUGCAGAAAACUUGAGUCAAAAAAUUCUGGAACUUGAAAAAGUAGUAAGGGCCUCCAGAAUUGACUUAGCCCUAGUAAUAAAAGCACUGCCAAAACAUCUCAGAGACUUCUUUUAAUUAUAUGUAUACUGGAGUUCAAAGAUCUUGAACUUACCUGGCUUAAUGUAAUUUCACAGUUACCUGCCAAACUACUAGUCACUUUACAUCCUCAGGUAUUGUAACCACUGGGCCUUCCAACUUUGCUGGCAAGCUCUGGUAACCUCCCUGACUGUGGAUCUUAUAUAACAUCUCAAGGAAAAAAAAAAAAAAAAAACUUAAAUGAUUGAAGUACAGAAUUUGACUCAUACUUGGAAAAAGCCCUUUUAUCAUUUAUUCAUUGAACUAUUGACUGAUAUAUUUAAUCUCCAAAUUAGUUAAUAUUGUUUUCACUUCCUAUCAGAAGGCCUGCUUGACGACAUGAAGGAAUAAUGAUACAUUAAAAUUCUUACUAGAUAUAUUCUUUUCUCCCAGGAAUAUUAGACUAGCUAAUAAAGUUAAGGCCUCAAUCAAUGUACUUCAUGUUCAAAAAAAUUACUACAGAUACUUCUUCCACCUCAGUAUCAAGGAAAUGGAAAAUGAUACACCUAUAAAAGAAAGCUAUUAUUUACUGUAGAUGUGUUCACUACAGAAUCCUACAUUUUUCAUCAGGCCACAGUCCAGCCAAAUCCUGUAGUAUCCUUGAAAAUAAACUAUUAAAAAUUAUAGACAUUUCUGAUGUAAGUAAAACCCCCAAGCAACUUAAUAUCCAUCUGUCAGUCAUCAGCUUUUCCCCUAGAUUUAUUUUUUUUAACUAGUUCUGAAAGUGUCAAGAAUAGCUUCCCUUUCCACCCUACCUUGGUUCCCUCCUUGCUGGCAUAAAAGCUAAGCAGUGAAAUGAACUUUGGGUUAGGGUUAUGGUAGGCAAAAAGAAAAGGAGAAUUUAGGAAAUACGCUAUAAACUAGGUACAGCACAGUAAGUUAACAAUCCUAGGACUCCUGCCUGUCACAAGCUCCCAGUUUCCUGUCAUUUUAUCUUCAUGAUUAGAACUGAUCUUCCAUUUAACUGUUACAGAAAGCAGUAACUACUGCAGCUAUUUAAUAGUUCACACAAAAUAAAAGCUUAAAAAUAACAAUUUUUAGGAAACAAUAUUCAAUAACCUAAACACACUGAUUAUUAAGAUUAUUUAUGUGAUAAAUGAAAUGUCCUACCAAUCCCAUCCAGCCUUUACCAGGGAAGAAAAGCAAUCAUUUUAUUUCAGAUAGAAAUACAAAAAAAAAAAUACUUUUCUUAGAAGCCAGAUACAGUUUAAAUGUUUUAUUAUCCAUAAUGACCUAAACUACUAGUAAGACUCACCAAAAAGUAAAAAAUUCAAUUUUACAAUAUACUAUUUGGCUUUUUUACCUUGGUUCUCCUUAACUGAAGUCCUCUUGCUUUCACUUUCAUCAGGUUUUUGAAGUCUCUAAUUAUUGGCUGGGCAUCAUGCCUAUAAUCCCAGCACUUUGGGAGGCCAAAGGAGGUGAUCAAUUGAGUCCAGGAGUAAAGACCAGCCUGGGCAACACAGUGAGACUCUGUCUCUACAAAAAACUAAGCUUAGUUGGGCGUGGUGAUGCACACCUGUAGUCCUACCAACUUGGGAGGCUGAGGCAGGAGAAUCACUCAAGCCCAGGGCUUCGAGGCUGCAGUGAGCUAUGAUUACGACACUGCACUCCAGCCUAGGCGACAGAGCAAGACCCCACUCUUACAAAGUCUAUUAUAAAAGUACAUCUAUCAAUACCAUUCCAUUUAAGAUGGGCUAUUGUAAUAGUUUACCCACAUUAUUACAUUUUCAGGAAUUGUAAGAAUGUGUUUGUUUUAUUGUACUCCUUUCUUGGGGCUGAAUGCAAGGAAUGUGAAUUCUGAGGAAUUAAGGUAGAAUAUAUUUGACUUUCUGGUAAAGAUCAUGGUAAAUAUAAUCAUUACUGCCAAACUGGAAUUUACAAGUUACAAUAUUCCAGGCCCCUUGAUAAAAGCUGAGGGUUAUUAUCAUGACCUUAAUGCUAAUUCAGUGAGAAAUGAGUUUAAUAGCAUAACACUACCAAGGUAAUCAAACUAAUAAAAUUCCAUAUAUCUUCCCUGCAUCUUAUCUAUGUCACUGUGUACCAUUCAAAGUGUUUAUAAAACUCUAGAUUGAUCACAUGAGAUGUGCUCAGCUUUUUGAAAUGUUAAGAUGUGUUUGGAGAAGGCUGCAUGACUUUUGUUUUUCCCUUUCAGCAAAACUAAAUAAAGUUGUCAAAUAUGAA